AUGGCGCAGACCAAGGAAGCUGCCUUCCACCUGUCCUCGCCUCGCUCUUCCAGUGGCGGGGCCGACUCAUGCAAGCACGAAGGCACUCCUGACACUCGACUGACAGCUUUCUCUCCGGAUGAAGGAUCGAUCAAGUCAUCUAAGCUACUCAAUGCUCUCAAUCUGAGUGCCUCUAGGCCCUUUCCGGUGAAGUUCACAGUUGACUCCUACAACCCUGUCACCGUUCAGCAAGACAAGGAUCCUUUCACUACGGCCACCCCGUCCAAGAAAUCGGAGCAAAAGCUGUCUGCCACUGCUUCUGCUUUCCGACCCUUGUCGGCUGCACUUGUUGUUCGCGGCUCAGGAGAAGUAACCCCUAAGCCUCAAGAAGCUCUCCCCGUUAACAGCGACAAGUCUGUGGGUUCCAUCUUGUCGGAUUUGAGCACUGACCUGCACAUCUCACGUUGCUUGGUCAUCUCAUCUCCGUCCAACGGUGUCACAACUGCCGAAGCAGAGUCCUAUCUCUCGGCAUUUGAGCAGCUCGGCUCUCACUUUCAGGGCACGAAGCAAGUACAUGGCAAGGCAAAUAAAGCCUACGUCCGAUUCUCAGAUAUUCGCGAUGCAUGCAUGGUGCAUGGGAACAUUCAGAUCGGCCGCAAGGACUGGGAAGUCCAAUACAUAUCGCCAAACAACUUCAACCAGGCGGUCUUACCCGGUUCAAGAUUUGCUACUUCACACGAGGGCCAGCUCGUUGCCGUUGCCGUUGCUGAGCCGGGCAAUAACAUCGACUCUGAAAAUCUCGAGUCUUUCGUGUACCAGCUCCUACAGGCGGAGGGACAGUUGUUUGCUUUCCAGAAGCAGAAUGGCUCUGAGGGCAAAACUUGCCAAGCCAUUGUCGAGUUUUGUGAUGCAACCUUGGCCCUUAAUGUUGGCAUCAAGUUUAAAGGGGUAACUGUUGAGGGAGCAUACCUUGUUGUCUCAAUGUACAAGCCAGACGAGGUCACGACAGUCGCGUCUUCCGAUAUCAACGGUGGAGCCUUGUCACCCCCUGGUGGUCCAAUGACUGAUCUCACGAUGGGAUUUCGAAACAUCUCCUUCUCACAGCACCAGCCAACCACUGCCCUAAUCAAUGCUGCCCUAGAUCCGGGCACAGCUAUCGUCCAGACGCUCGUCGCCAGAACGCCGCACGUGUCAAUCGAGGACCAAACACCUAUUACAAUCAAACCGGCCAUCACAAUCACGUCGACGUCAAUCGCAUUCGAGAAGGAAUCGAUGUUCGGACCACUGAACAUCCCGAACAAGGUCGAUCAGGGCAUGCUCAAGAGGAUUGUUGACGAGUCAAGUUGGGGCAAAUAUGACUUCAUGUACUUGCGCAUUGACUUCGCCAACGACUGCAAUGUUGGAUAUGCUUUCAUCAAUUUUGUUGAUCCUCUGGACAUCAUUGACUUUGUGAAUGCUCGAGGAAAUCAGAGAUGGAACUGCUUCAAGAGUGACAAAGUUGCGGAGAUUUCCUACGCUACUAUCCAGGGCAAAGACUGUCUCGUGCAGAAGUUCCGCAACAGUUCAGUCAUGCUGGAGACUCCCCACUACCGACCCAAGCUCUAUUACACCUCGAACGGUCCCUUGCCAGAGCUCGCUGGUCAAGAGGAACCUUUUCCCGAGCCGGACAAUCAGUCAAAAAUGAAGCGUAGCUGCGAGAAUGCAGAGCAUGUUGGACUUUUCACUCCGAACGCUGGCCAGCACUUCCGCGACGAGCAACGUCGACGUCGGUCUCAGUUUGAUCGAGGCACGCGGCUUGCGGCCCUUGAAGAGUACGACUACGAGACAGCCAUUCAGAACUUCUACCCAGUCCAGUAG